GCACACAUUACAUGUUUUUUUUUUUUUUUUGUCUCAAAACAUGCGUUUUGAAGAGAUGACCUACAUUUUCUCAAAAACCAUUCGAAUUCCCGCGUCUGCCAUUUCGGUGUCUUCUACCUUCAGAGCCCCCUCCUCUCUUCAGCCUCCUCUCCUAUUCAAAAUCUGCAGCCCUGGGUUUCGUCUCUUCAGCAGUGGCCUGGGUUUCAUCUCUACUGUUCAAUGUCUUCUACCUUCAAAGCUCGUCGUCGCCCCUCCUCUGCUCUGGGUGCCUCGUCGCCGUCGCACAUACACUGCCCAGCACCUCGCGUCGCCAUCGCCCAUCCUCUGGUCUGGGUCAUGCUUCAGCGUCGCCCCUCCCUCUAUGCCCAGCAUUACUGCCCAGCUCCUCCCUCCCUCUUUGUGGAGAUGGAUGAUCGAGCUUGUGACCAGUUGUGGAGAUGGCCAUGCCCUGUGGUGUUCCAUAGUUGUGUAUAUUGUGUACUGAGCCAUGUGUUAGUGGCUGUUUUUUUGUAUUCCAGUGUUGUAGAGAUGUUGUUGGUGUUGAUUCUGUAGAUUGUAGACUAGGGGCUUUGUAUGGAAACAUUUGUUGCAGUCUUGGAUGACUAUAAGGAUGUUUAAUAUGUGCAGGAUGUUAAUUCAGUAUUUGAGAAUGCAUAAAUUAGUGGCCUUGAAACA